UUAAUUAGUAUAUAUAUGGUCAGGACUUAAUCGUCCGUAGCAAGGUGCGCUUAAACAGCCGUUAGGCCAGACUCCAGUAUUAUUAAUAAAAUGGAAAUCAUCUUCUGCAACAGAGACAUGAAACGAGGCGUACGAAGUAUGAUUAGUUUUUAAUCUGGUGCAGGAAGCAAGCUGCAAUUGAUCCUUUAAAGAUUUCUCAGUAUCAGAUGCUGUUACAUCAGGGGAAAACAGAGAGACAAAAAGAGACUUAUUGCGGACCCUCUUCUGCACAACAGAGAUAGAAAAAGAGCUCACCCCGAUCACACAAACCCUGGGUUUCUUGGCAACACCAGCAGUCGUAACGGAAGGUGCAUGCGGGGCACAUGACGUCACGGUCAGUCGCGGAAAUGGUUAAUUCAAGAUGGCAGGGAACCUGCAGAUGUUUUUAUUCUUGUUUAAAUCAAAAUACCGCCGAAAAUAUUACAUUCGGCACUUAUUAUUGUGUAUUGGUGUAGUGUAUUUUUUCAUAGUUAGCGUGAUUUCUAAUACAAACUGUACAAGUGUGCAGUGCGUGAACGGAAAGUGUGAAAAUGGCACAAGCUGUGUUUGUUUUGAUGGUUGGCAAGGACAGUAUUGUCAAUUUUGUGGUGGUAAAGUUAGGUUGACAGAGAAGUCUGGAAUCAUCCACGACGGUCAUGGUAAUUAUUCCAUUGACGUCAAAUGCAGUUGGUUGGUGGAUGCAGGACGUGCACCAAAUGCAACAAUUCGCUUGCACUUGGAAGAAUUUGCCACUGAAUGUGGUUGGGACCAUCUUUAUAUCUUUGAUGGAGAUAGUGUGCACUCCCCUCUCCUUGCAGUGUUUAGUGGGUUGAUGUACAAGGAUGGCUACAGAAUCAGGAGAAUUCCUGAAGUAGUGGCACAUUCUGGUUCAGCAUUGCUGCAUUUCUACAGUGAUGUUGCAUAUAACAUGACAGGUUUCAACAUAUCCUACAGAUUCAAUUCAUGCCCAAGCCAGUUCUCGCAUGUCAACUGUUCAGGCAAUGGGGUAUGCAUUGAUGGUGUGUGCACAUGUGAUGCUUCCUACAUGGGUGAGGCGUGUCAUGUUCCCGUGUGUCCAAACAAUUGCAGCAAUGACCAUGGAGUCUGCAAUCAUGAAAUGCACCGCUGUGACUGUAAAGAAGGGCAUAAAGGAGAAGAUUGUAGCCAGUUGGCUGAUUUUGGCUACUGGGAGGUAGUGCAUUGGAAAGAUUUUGUGCCAGAGGGUUCUGCAUCUCAUGGAGCGGUUGUAUGGCGAGAUUCCCUGUACAUUGUAGGUGGAGAAUCGUAUCACAGAGCAAAGAUGAUCUAUGUGUACGAUUUUAAUGGAAAUGUUUGGGAAACACCACAUGUGGAUUCCAAAAUUGUGCCACGAUCGAGGUAUGGCCACUCAGCUGUUUUAUUUGGGGAUAAAAUUUACAUGUAUGGUGGUGUGGAGGAGAAUGGUGCUGUAUCAAAUGAACUGUGGGCAUUUGAUGUGAGCGCAAAGACAUGGGAGAACAUUACUGUUCGCACUGAGCAGUGUAAUACCACUGGAUCCAAUGCAACCAUGCUAUGUGGGCCGUUGAGGUCUGCAGGUCACACUGCAACAGUGGUCACUAGUAGGUCAAACAAGAAGUCAGAGCGCAUGUUAGUUAUUUUCGGCCAUUCUCCAGUGUAUGGCUACCUGAACACUGUUCAAGAAUACCAGUUUGGCACAAGAGACUGGAAACUAAUUUCUACACAGGGGUUUCCAGUGAAAGGUGGCUAUGGUCACAGUGCAGCUUGGGAUCCACUUAGCCAAAGAAUAUACUUGUAUGGAGGUUUUGCAUCAGAGAGCACCUCUACACCAGUCCUAAGUAGGAAGCUGUAUUCCUUUGAGCCUGGUACUCACACAUGGAUGAUGCUGAUGCCAGCCCCUUCUGCUCGUUUCCUCCACACAGCCACUUUCUUGAAUGGUGGCCUGAUGAUUGUGUUUGGGGGUAAUACCCAUAAUGACACAGCACACAGUUUUGGAGCCAAGUGCUACUCCUCAGACAUGCUGGUUUAUGAUGUGAUAUGUGACAGUUGGAGCACAUUGCCUGUGCCUCAAGGGCUGAGGUCUGAUCUUGCCCGCUUUGGUCAUUCAGCUAGCAUCUUUGAGAACUCACUGUACAUUUAUGGAGGCUUUGAUGGACAGAUGCUGUCAGACAUGCUUAGGUACACUCCAGGAAAAUGUGGCAGCUUUACAAACCAGUCACUUUGCCUUAAUACUCGUCCUGGAGUGAAGUGUGUAUGGAACAGGCGACAGUCGGAAUGCCAACCGAUAGGCAAUUUGCCAAAUUACUUUGUGAUUGGUACGUCUGAGUCACAGGAUGUACAGGCUGUAGAGGAAGAUAAAUAUAGCCACUGUCCUGAAGAGAGCCGUUCAUCUAUUGCUGCUUCCAUUAUUACACAUUCAGAGCUGUGUGCCGGGUUUCCAGACUGUAUUUCAUGUGUGCAUACGUCUUUUCAAUGUGUAUGGUGUGGAAAUGAGGGUUGUAGUUAUCAGCGCUGCAGAGAGAAUAGUCUGAACAGUGCUGCUACUGUGGGCAGAGAAGCAGAUCCAAACCGCUUGUACCGAAGUCAGAGUGGCAGUGAGGAACACAAAUGUGAAGUCAAUGAGGGUCCUGUAUGCCAUCAGCUUCACAACUGUCAGGCAUGCAGCACACGCAGCAAUUGCCACUGGGACUUUGAACAGCGCUGCAAGGCUGUUGGGAAUGUUACAGAACAGCAGGAGCCACUAGCAUGCACCAGUAGCUGUUCUGAAUUCACGUCGUGCCUAAAUUGCACUGUGGAGGAGUGCAUUUGGUGCCAAAAUGAAGGGCGUUGUGUUGAUAAGAAUGCUUAUACUGCCUCAUUCCCAUAUGGCCAGUGUCGUGAAUGGACAACACAUCAGGCCAGAUGUCGUUCCACCUCAGGAAAAUCUGCUUGUAGUUUCUAUCCCACUUGUGUAGAAUGCCGGGAUGACCCAGCCUGUGGUUGGUGUGAUGAUGGUUCUGGGACAGGGUUGGGACAGUGUCUGCCUGGUGGGAAUGCUGGCCCAAACCAGCCCAAUCUUAGCUGUGCAGCAGGCCGAUGGUUCUUCACAGAAUGCCCAACAUGCCAGUGUAAUGGACACAGCAUAUGUCCAGCCAAUAGCAGUGUCUGUAACCAGCCAUGUGCCAACCUUACUCAGGGUCCUCAUUGUGAACACUGUGUUCUUGGUUACUAUGGAAACCCAAUCAAUGGUGGAAAAUGCAUUCCAUGUGAGUGCAAUGAUCAGGGAACUGAGUGCCAUCCAGAUACUGGAAAGUGUUACUGCACCACAAAGGGUAUCGCAGGUGACCACUGUGAACGCUGUGACACACACAACAACUACCAUGGUGACCCAACUAAUAAGGGUUCAUGCUACUAUGACCUCACGAUAGACUACCAGUUCACAUUUAACCUGUCAAAGAAGGAGGAUCGUCACUACACUCAGAUAAACUUUAAGAACAGCCCACCAAAAUCUGAUGUUGAUGCUGAUUUUAGUAUCACGUGUUCUGUCUUGGCAAAGAUGAAUAUCACCAUGAAAACUGCAAACAGUGCAGAAAGGCCACUCAUUAUGAACCACAACUGUACGUCGUUUCGCACACGCUUCAACAAGGCAGAACACAUCUUUGGUGUUGAGGACAAUGUCACAUUCACAACAUUCUACAUAUAUGUAUAUGACUUCCGCCCACCACUGUGGAUACAGAUUUCAUUUUCACAAUAUCCAAAACUGAAUCUGCAGCAGUUCUUCAUCACCUUUUCAACCUGUUUCCUGUUGUUGCUUCUUGUGGCUGCCAUCCUCUGGAAGAUCAAGCAGAAGUAUGACAUGUACAGGCGGCGCCAAAGGCUGUUUGUGGAGAUGGAACAAAUGGCCAGUAGACCAUUUUCACAGGUUCUAGUGGAGAUUGAAUUGCGGGAAAAGGUAGACCUCUGUUCAAAUACAAAUCCUGCAACCCUCAGAAAAAGGAAAAAGGACUCGCCUAGUCCUAUUGCUCUGGAACCAUGUUGUGGGAACCGAGCUGCUGUCCUGUCUCUUCUUAUUCGACUGCCAACAGGUGGUGAGGUGUUCACCCCAUCAGGACAAUCAGGUCUGGCAAUAGCAUCAGCACUGGUGACUCUGGGUAACCCUCGAAAAGUCAGCAUUGACCCUACAGGCAAAGCAGAUACAAAGUGCAAGUCCCGUAAGUCAUCCAGCCAGCACCCAGAGAGUUGUAUCUAGUGUAUAAUAUUGUUCAGUGCAGCUCCUUAUCCCCUGUUAUAAAGUUUGGUGACAGACACUUGAAAGUGCCAAAGACUGUGAAGACUCAUUUCAGUGGGACACUGCCGAGCAAGGGAAUUAACUGAAGCAAUAUGUGCAAGCAUGAAGAGGUGGCUUCAGUUGGACUGCCAAACAUUCCCUUAGGAGUUCCAGCACCUUGCAUUCUACUGUAUAGGCCUAAGCUUAAGAAGUGUGUGCAAAUGCAAGUUUGGAGAAGUUCCUCCUAUGUGUUAUAGACUGAUAUUUUGUAUUACAUAGAGGUGGGAUGUAUUUAUAAUGAACAUUGUAAUGGGGUUAGAUUGGGUUUGUUAUCAAUGUUAUGACAUGCAGAACACUUGCUAGUGCUGCAAAGUGUUUCGCAAGUUUCAGUUCACUCUCUUUACACUCAGUGAAAUUAUGUCUUGAAUAUGGAAAGCUUUGCAACAUCAGCUUCUUUAACAUUGUUAUGUCGGAUGUGGCAUGUACAUAUUACACUAAUUAGUUCUCAUUUAUAAAAUGGAGAAGCAUGCAAAAGCCUGCUGCCAGUUGUAUCUAGUCGUCCUUCGUCAUCUUCUCAUCAUUGUGUGACAGUGUAACGAUUUUUUUAAUGGAUAAAAUUAAAGAAAGAGAUUUUGUUUUUCA